CCUUCAUCUUUAUCCUUAUUAUUUUCACUAUCAUGGCUUCUACCUUGAAGAGCUUUAUUCCUGUGGCUGCUGACUCCCACUUCCCUAUUCAAAAUUUGCCUUUUGGUAUCUUUUCCACCGCAGAUAAGAGUCCUCGUGUUGGUGUGGCUAUCGGGGAUCAAAUCUUGGAUGUCCAUGAAGUUGCCUUGGUCGGUUUGUUGAAUGACAUUGGCGUCGCGAAUCCGGCGGCUAUCUUUGCGCAGCCCACCUUGAAUAGCUUUAUGGCCCUUGGUCGACCUGUGUGGCGUGCCACUCGAAAUGCUAUUCAAAAGAUUCUUUCUGGCGAAGAACCGACCCUGAAAGAUGAUGCCGCAUUGAGAGAGCGCGCCUUGAUUCCCCAAAACAAGGCUCAGAUGCAUUUGCCCGCCAAGAUUGGUGAUUAUACCGACUUUUACUGUUCCCGCGAGCAUGCCACCAACGUGGGUAUCAUGUUUAGAGGCAAGGAUAAUGCUUUGCAACCCAACUGGUUGCAUAUUCCUGUCGGCUACCACGGACGUGCAUCGUCCAUUGUGGUCUCUGGAACGGACAUCCACCGUCCUGCAGGUCAACGAUUGGUGUCAAAAGAUCAACCUCCUAUUUACGCGCCCUCGGCCAAACUCGAUAUCGAAUUAGAAGUGGGAUGGUUCGUUGGUACGGGCAAUGAACUUGGUAAACGCAUUGAUAUCCAAAAUGCCCGCGAUCACAUCUUUGGCAUGGUCCUUGUGAAUGAUUGGAGCGCUCGCGACAUUCAAGCUUGGGAAUAUGUCCCAUUAGGUCCUUUUCUCGGUAAAAGCUUUGGCACAACAAUUUCUCCAUGGGUGGUGACGCUGGACGCUUUGGAACCCUUCUUGGUUCAAGGUCCGCCACAGUCACCUGAGCCUUUACCUUACUUGCAAGAAAAGGGUCCCAACGCGUAUGAUGUAAAGUUGGAAGUACAAAUUAAGCCCAACGGAAGUUCCAAGUUUGAAAAUAUUGUGUUGUCCAAUCUCAAGUACAUGUACUGGUCUAUCACUCAGCAGCUGGCUCACCACACGAUCAAUGGGUGCAACAUGCAGCCAGGCGAUAUGUGCGCUACGGGAACCAUUUCCGGUCCUGAAAAGGGAUCAUUCGGCUCGUUGCUUGAGAUGACAUGGAAUGGCAAAGACAAGAUUGCACUUGAAAAUGGCCAAGAGCGUAUGUUCCUUGAAGAUGGUGAUGAAAUCAACAUUACAGGCUUCUGCGAAACGGAUUCCUACCGUAUUGGUUUCGGUGACUGUCAUGGCAAGAUUCUUCCUUGCCCUUACUCAUCAUAAGGGUAUAGCAAUACGACUAGAAGCUGUGCUGUACGUGCAAUUGUCACUGAAGAAGAAACAAAAGUAAAAAUAAAAUAAAAUGUUAUCAGAGGA